CUCCUCUACGGCUCGCUGCAGCUGCUCCCGUCUCAAGCCAUGGCCAAGGAUAUGACUCUGCUGUGGGGCUCCGGCUCGCCCCCCUGCUGGAAGAUACAGAUCGCUCUGGAGGAGAAGGACCUGCAGGGCUACAACAGCGUGAUGCUCUCCUUCCAGAAGAUGGAGCACAAAUCGCAGCAGGUCCUGGACAUGAACCCCAGGGGUCAGCUGCCUUCAUUUAAACACGGGGACCGUAUCAUCAACGAGUCCAUCGGCGCCUGCUGCUACUUGGAGAACGAGUUCAAGUCCCAGGGAACCAAGCUGCUCCCAGACUGCGGUGCAGCACAGGCGCGGCUGUACCAGCGCAUGUUCGAAGGCCAAACAAUGCUGCAGAAGCUGGCUGACGUUCUCUACUACACCUGGAAGGUCCCAGAGGGCGAGAGACACGACUCUGCUGUGAAGAGGAACAGAGAGGCCCUGACGGCUGAGCUCCAGCUGUGGGAGGGGUACCUGCAGAAGGGACCGGGCCCGUUCCUAGCGGGAAAGGACUUCACGCUGGCCGACGUGACUGUUUUUCCAAACGUCGCUUACCUUUUUCACAAUGGGUUAUGUGAGAAGCGCUACCCUAACCUAGCAGCGUACUACAACUCCCUGAAGAACAGACCCAGCAUCAAAACCACCUGGCCUCCAACCUGGCUGGAGAACCCCCAGGGACAAGACGUGCUGAAAGGCAUCUGAGAGUCAAACACUCUUUAACUGUUGCUUUUAAUGUGAAACUACUCCUUUAUUUGACUUAAAUGUAAGAAAUGCGCAUUGGCUCUUGUUUGGUUUGAUGACUUGCGAUGUUCAAUAAAAAAGAUUUCUUUCCA